AAAUGCGCGCGCGACGUGCGUUCGAUCCUCGGAGCCCUCGAAGGAUGAGGUGAAAGUGCAAGUUCGGAUGGGAAAAAGGGUCCUUUUUAAAAGAAUGAUACGACCACGUGAACGUCGUGGAUGCGGUCGUGAGGAUCGCGAGUCGAACGGACGUACGUGUUUCGCAACAGCUAAAUUACGCGCGGUGACAACAAAUAGGACAAACCAAACAGGUCACUUACGUCAGCCGCGUCCCAGAUCGAAUAGAAACGCAAAACAAUGCUGUCGUGAUGAUCGCCGCGCAAUAACCAACCUCUUCGACCUUUCGCGACCUCGUGAAUUGUCGUCGUCGUCGUCGUCGUCGUCGUCAUCGCCGCCGCCACGACUCAAUACACAGGUGGAAUACACGGUGAACGUACAUUUGUGAUCGACACAGAUCAUAUUGCCUUUCCGUAGACGCUUACGGUGAACCUGGUGGACACAGAACGUCGUGAUCGCGAUCACCACCACAGCUCAUGAAAUUAUUAUUGAAAAUGGAAAAUAUAUUUUUCUUGAUGGAACCAUACAAAAUUCUUCAUGCAUACAAGUGGAAAGGAAACACACUCGACAUGGUCCGAUUACCCUGGCUCUUUCCAUGAACGCCACAAGGAUUCCACGAGAAGUUAUCGCCACGUGGAAAAGCGGAAGGGUUGGAUGUGGGGUGAUUGGCGCCGGCGUGAAGUACAUCUCUCACGUUUUUGCACAAAGUCACGUUUAAAUCACGUUUCGUCAGCCGAUAAGCUUGGAAACUUUUUCUCGCACGAGCAUGCCCUGGCGAUAUGCAGGGUCAUCCUAUUGACCUCGACAGUGGCGAAACAAAGAUAAACGGGGAUAAUAUACGAAAGAAUUUGGCAGUGAAGAUUCUGAAUUGUACCAUCAUGGAAGCGCUGGGAACUUAUCCGAUCUUAAAGUCCUUUUUGGCGGGUUCUUUCUCCGGGACGUUUUCCACGAUCCUCUUCCAACCGUUGGAUCUGGUAAAAACCAGACUUCAGAGCAGAGUCAAUGGCCCUAUUGAAGCGUCAAAAAAAGGAAUGUUGGGCACAGUGGCUCACAUUGUUCAGAAGGAGAAUAUCUUUGGACUCUGGAAGGGUAUGACACCGUCGAUAACUAGAGUGAUUCCUGGAGUGGGUUUAUACUUUUCUUCGCUACACUGGCUGAAGCACGCUUUCAAUCUCGAGGAACCUCUAACAGCUCUGCAGGCAAUUUCCUUGGGUAUUACCGCGCGGUCCAUGUCCGGUGCUCUGUUGAUUCCCAUCACCGUUGUGAAGACACGGUUCGAGAGCGGCGUUUACAAAUACAACAGUAUCAGCGAGGCUCUUAAAUUGAUCUACAAGCAAGAAGGAAUGAGAGGUUUAUCAAGCGGGUUGGUGCCAACUCUUCUACGAGAUGCGCCUUACAGCGGUUUAUACCUUAUGUUUUACACCCAAUUAAAAAAAGCAGCUGCCAGUGCAGGAACAACGAACAAUUCAUCGGCACCAGUUCAUUUUAGCUGUGGGAUCUUAGCGGGAAUUUUGGCGUCUAUAGUGACGCAACCACCGGAUGUUAUCAAGACAAAGAUGCAAUUAUAUCCAAACGAAUUCAAUGGCAUUUAUCAUGCAACGUUCUUCGUUUACAAAAAAUACGGCGCCUUAGGAUAUUUUAAGGGUAUUGUUCCUAGAAUGCUGAGACGGACUUUGAUGACCACUAUGGCCUGGACCGUAUAUGAACAGGUUACAAGGAACAUUGGUUUGAAGUAAACGCACUGCUGCUGCUGCACAAAGCUGUUUUAUAUCC